CUCCAAUCCUCCCACCACCAUGCCAUGGGGUUUCGCUCCUCCACCACCAUGGUGCGAUUCACGCCGCUGCGCCUGCUGUGCGCAGCCGUGAUAUUGUGCGUCCUCUACCUGUCCUCGUCCUUGCGAGACCUGGUUCCGUACGUUGAACGUGGCUAUGACAUACUUGAAGACCGGCCCACGCCCGCGCGCCCAGCCCAGACCAAGAUACACUUUGGAGAGGAGUGCUCGCCCUUCAAGAGCGGGGUUAUGGAAGAUGUUACUAUAGUCUUGAAGAUUGGCGCUGGCGAAGCUACGACCAAGCUACCUGCAUAUCUGAACCGCCUCGGCCGCUGUAAACAGGACUUACUUAUCUUCUCCGACCGCAAGGCCACCUUCCAAGGGUUCGACGUCGUAGACGCCCUCUCCCACAUCCGCCCCGAAUACAAGUGGGAAAACACCGAUUUCAACGUAUACGAUAGCAUACAAGCGGCGAACGACACGGCGGACAAGUCGCCGGACGGCUGGAAAUUGGACAAAUACAAGUUCCUGCCUAUGAUGGAAUGGACCUCGUACCUGCGCCCAGACUCGCAAUGGUAUCUCUUCAUCGAGACAGAUACAUAUGUCAACUACGACAACCUCUACCGCUUUUUGACGCAUUUCAACCCCAAGUCGGCGCACUACUUUGGAUCACCCGUUUGGCCGAAGAAGAAAGCACCUUUUGCACACGGUGGCAGUGGUUUUAUACUGUCUCGAGGUGCGUUGGACAAGCUCAUGGCACGUGGCAGGAUGUUUGCAGAGAAUCACCACUUUCCCGGCACACACUUCUUCGGUGAGAAGGUGGCCGAGUCUUGCUGCGGCGACGAAAUGCUAGCGCAGGUGCUGAAGAAGAGUGGAGUGCCUCUUCGCGGUUACUGGCCAAUGUUCAAUGGCGACAAACCCCCAACACUGCGGUUCGGACCAGAGCAGUGGUGUGAUGCUAUCAUGACGAUGCAUCAUCUGCAGGAAGAAGACUUCACUGGCCUCUCGCAAUGGGAACAAGCUCGAAAGCACCCAGAAAGAGCGUUAAUGUUCGAGGAGUUGUUCACUCUUGUUGAGCCGCGGCUGCAAGGGAAGGCAGAUGACUGGACGAACAUGUCAGACGAUGUGAUCCACACCAAAGGCAUGCCCGUCAAGUCGUUCGAUAACUGUGAGAGAGCUUGUUUGAAAGACAACAAGUGCAUGCAGUUCGAACACACCGGCACUGAGUGCAGACUGUCCCACAGUAUCAGGCUCGGCGAACAGCGGUUGCCUCGCGAGGACGAGAAAUACGUAUCGGGGUGGAUGUUGGGCCGGAUCAAGGACUUCAAGAAGGCCAACGCGCCAUGCCAAGGCGCACAUUUCGUCCACUCGAAUCCUUGAGCGGACGACUUCAUGAUCAUGAUCAUGACAUAACAUUUCUUUUACGAUGCACGACUUACUGCAUUAAUGGCGUUUGAUACCCACAGCGUCACGGUUGACGCUGCAUUCUGUACAAAUUGGCGACUUUGAUCCUGUUGCUUUUCGCAUUUUGCUCGCGUUGUCGCACUGGGUGACAGUCACACGUUAUACAGGCUUCGGCUACAUACAACUACAAGACGACGCUCGCCUAUAGCGGCUGCUCCGACAUGUACGCAUCUCGCUCUUACAUCGCGUAUACCCAUGAAAUUCUACGUUCGUAAUGUAGUCUAAUGAUAAUGUAGAACCUUCCAAUCUCUCGAUUUGU